GGUUUUUUUUUUUAUGACGAGAAAGUAAUCCGCUUAGCGGAUUGUAAAUCCCGGUCAACACUUAAAUCGAUAACCACUAGAAUAUGUCUUCCAACGGCGCCAAUGAAGAGAGGAGAGAUGCCAAUGAGGGAAAUAGCGAAGGGAGGGAAGAAUGUGAUCGUGACCGCCUCAUAGAAUGCUUACUUCUUCAUGGAGGCCAACUUCCAUUGUAUACUUUCAGCAGGAGUCAAGAGGGUCCGAAUCUGCUAUCAAAAGAGCCUCACGAAUCCUUCCUCAACAAACUUCUUCAACGGUGGGAAGAAAAAAAUGAUAGAGGACUAUUCCAUCAUGACAUUGCUGCCUGUGAAAGCAAGAUACUACCUGGAGAAUAUGGAUUUAUAGUGCGGCUAAUUGAAGGCCGUGACAUAAAGAAGAGACCAACAGAGUAUCGAAUGAACAAGGUUCUCCAGCCCUUUGAUGAGAAAAAGUUCAAUUUCACCAAAAUUGCCCAGGCUGAAGUUAUUUGUAGGUUCGAAGAGAGUGAUAAGAACAUAACAAACUAUGUUGAUGCUGCUCCGAUCCUUGCUCAUGACUCUGUAAAUAUCAUUGCAAUCAAUGUGAGUCCUAUUGGAUAUGGUCAUAUUCUUUUGAUACCUCGUAUAUUUGAACGUUUACCACAGAGAAUGGACAGAGAUAGCCUCUUGCUCUCUCUUCACCUGGCAAGGGAGGCUGCAAGUCCUAACUUCAAAAUCGGUUAUAAUAGUCUUGGUGCUUUUGCCACCAUCAACCACCUUCAUUUCCAGGCUUUUCAUUUGCCAAUGCUGUUAUCAGCUGAGAAGGCUUCCACCGAAUGUAUUGCAACUUUAAGGGGUGGUGUGAAGAUCCUUCGACUCUUAAACUAUCCUGUAAAAGGCUUUGUUUAUGAAGGAGGAACCAAUUUGCAGGAUUUAGCUUAUACUGUUUGCAAUACUUGCACGUUUUUAGAAGUGAACAAUCAGCCUUACAAUAUGCUCAUAUCAGAUUCAGGAAAGCGCAUAUUCGUCUUUUUGCAGUGUUAUGCUGAGAGACAAGCACUUGGAAAAGUAAGCCAAGAGAUUCUUGACACCCAAGUAAACCCAGCUGCAUGGGAGAUUAGCGGCUAUUUAGUGAUGAAGAGGAGAAAAGACUACGAGGAAGCUUCUGAGCAGAAUAUAUGCGGGUUCUUUGCAGAGGUUUCUUUGUCUGAUAAAUUUGAGGAACUACAGGAAUCAGUUGUGCAAGCCCUUAAAAGAUGAAUGGAUGUGUCACUGAAAAGAACUGGGAAACGGAGUUUUGUGGAUAUGUCUAAUGUAUCUUUGAUGUUUUGCUCGUCUUUUACUAUUCAAAAUUCUGAACUUUUUGCAUUA